UCUAGUGAUUACAUUAGAAUUCCGUUUGUCUGUCGUAUACCCAACGAAUUAUUCAGAGAUUCAGUUUCAGUUAACAGAGCAGAAUAAAGGUGCUAAUGCUAAGAAUAAAAGAGCUGUUUAUGAACCUUCUGGAACACAGCGCUGUCGACAAGUAAUCUGCAGCAAAGAAAUGGCUCUCACAGUUGGUGUAUUACUAGGUAUUGUCAUCCUAGCAGUUGCUUUUAUUGCUUCAUUUGCUCGUCCAGAUAGCCAAAAAUGUAACAUAGCUUCUGUUCAGGCACCACCAAAUGAUCUUUUGUCUAACAGCAGUGGUAGUGAGAAAGCAGAAGAUAGCAAUACAGAGGAAACUGAUACAAACUUCCCAUGGAGUGGUGUAUGGCUUCCAAAAUCUGUUUUACCAUUACAUUAUUCAAUAUUUAUCCAUCCUAACCUUACCACAAGUCUGGUAACUGGGAAUGUCUCAAUUACCUGCAGAGCGGUCUCUUCUACAAACUUCAUUAUUUUGCACAACACACAAAACAUAACUGAACUGGUUAUUCAUUCACACAACAAUUCAAAAUUAAGAUCCGCUGAUUUGAUUCAACAGAAGAAUGGUAGUAUGCUUUAUAUAAAGCUUGACCGCUUCCUUAAAGAGGAAGAAAUAUUUGAUAUCAUCAUUUAUUUUCGGUCACGUCUGCAAACUGGAAUGGUUGGAUUUUAUCUGAGCAGUUAUACAGCAGAAGAUGGAUCAACAAGGUAUUUGGCCACAACACAUUUUGAACCGGCAUCUGCUCGGCUGGCAUUUCCUUGUUUUGAUGAGCCGGACAAGAAAGCAAAUUUCACACUUUUUAUGGUGAGAGAACAGCGUCACAAAACUCUGUUCAAUAUGCCUUUAAAGACAACUACAUCUUAUAUUCAUGGACUUUUCUUGGAUUCUUUUGAUACAACACCAAAAAUGAGUACCUACCUAGUUUCAUUUGUUGUUUCUGAUUUUGCAUCAGUCAGUGGAAUAAGCAAAACUGGAAUUAAGAUCCACAUUUUUACUCCACCUCAGAAUAUCAACAUGACUGAUUUAGCACUUGAGAGUUCAAUAAAAAUUUUGGAUUUCUAUGAGGAAUACUUUGAGAUACCUUACCCUUUACCAAAACUUGAUUUGAUUGCCAUACCAGACUUUGAACAAGGUGCUAUGGAGAAUUGGGGCCUCAUAACAUUCAGAACAACUCAUUUAUUGUUUGAUUCAUCUCAAACUGUGAGAUUAAGAAUGUCAGUAAUUGAAACAAUUGCUCAUGAGUUUGCCCAUCAGUGGUUUGGAAAUUUGGUUACUUUAAAAUGGUGGGAUGAUCUUUGGCUGAAUGAAGGAUUUGCCACUUUUAUGCAGUGGAUUGGAGUAAAAGCUGUUGAACCAGAUUUUGACACUAAUCAGUAUAUCAUGCUUAGACAAUUCAUAACUGCUCUACAUAUGGAUGCCUUUGAAACAUCACACCCAAUUGAAAAUGGAGUGAAACGACCCAAAGAUAUAGCUGUGGUAUUUGACAGUAUAACCUAUAAGAAGGGAGCUAGUAUUCUGAAUAUGCUACAAGAAUUCUUGGGAAAGGAACGUUUCAGGAAAAGGGUAUGUAAUUACCUGAAAAAAUUUCCAUAUUUAAAUGCAGAAACUAAGGAUUUAUGGGAAAUGCUCUCAUCGGAUUUACCUGAUAAAAACAAUACACAGCCAGCAGAGCCAGAUUUCCCAGUGGCAACAGUAAUGGAUACUUGGACAAAACAAAAAGGACAUCCUCUUGUGACAUUAAAACUUAAGGGUACCACAGUUACAGCUACGCAGGAAAUAUUCCUUCAUAGUGCAAAUAUUUCUCAACUGAAACCUUCACCAUUCAAUUAUAAAUGGUACAUUCCAUUAACUUACAUAACAUCGAUGAAACCGAAUUCUUCAGAAACAGUAUGGUUAAAUAUGACAUCAACAACAUUUAAAGUGGAGAAAGGUACAAAAUGGGUGAAAGGGAACUACAAAAGUGUUGGAUUUUACCGAGUCAAUUAUGAAGUUGAUGUCUGGAUGUCUCUUGUAUCUGAGCUGACCACGAACUAUCAGAUAUUUCAGCCGGAAGACAGGACUACACUUCUUCAUGAUUUAUCCUGUAUGGCCAGGAUUGGAAAAGUAAAUUAUUCACUCUACCUUGAUGCUUCUGAGUACCUUGUUCAAGAAAAUGAGUAUGUUCCAUUUGUUACUGGCAUUGCAGAUCUCCUGAACUUGGAUAAGUACCUGGUUUAUACACCAUAUUAUGAAUUUUACAGGAAUUAUAUUCUAAAGUUAAUCAUUAACCAGAUUAAAAUACUAGGCUGGGAAAAUGAAGGAAGUACUUUUACAAAAAUGUUGCGAUCUUCGGUUUUAAAUUGUGCCAUUGUUUUGAAACACACAGAAACUCUGGAUAAAGGAAAAGCAAUCUUUGAUCUGUGGCGAUAUUCCAAUAAAAGCAUAAAUCCAGAAAUCUUCUCCAUCGUCUUGAAAAGUGCCAUUAAAACAGGGUCAUCAGAAAUAUGGAAAUAUCUUUGGGAUGUUUAUUCAGAAUCAACUAAUCCACUUUUAAAGACAAAAAUUUUAUUGGCUCUUGGUCAUACACCAAAUAGUGAAGAUUUAAGCAGAUUACUGGUUUAUGCGAUGGACAAAGACAAAAUCAGAACUCAAGAUCUUUCUUUAGUUUUCUCAUCAGUGUCAGAUUCUGUGGCAGGAAGAUUACUUGCAUGGCGGUUUAUAGAACUGCACUGGGAUGAACUUACUGAAAGGUAUAAAACUUCAGAGGUUCAGCUGUACUCAUUACUCAGUAUUGUUAUCAGAGAAAUUAUUACACAAGAAGAAUAUGACCAGGUAACGGAUUUCCUUGUAAAGAAACAUGUCCCUAUAAAUGGACAGACUAUAAGCAAUGUACUGGAGUUCAUUCGUCUACAUAUAUUCUGGAUGAAAACACAUUUUGAACCUGUAUCAGAAUGGUUCCAGAAACACAAAUAGAGGGAUUCAGGCAGAAAAGAACAGCAUUUCAUAGACCAGUUUUUUUUUCCUAUUUUUUUUCUUUAUAAUUGGUGUGCCUCUCUUCUUACUGCCAAUGGAAUUAUGGGGAAAUUUUAAUAAAUAUUUCUUAUGAUUAUAAAAGUCUAAUAUAUCUAGGCCUCUGCUGAUCUGUUUCUAUGAUAUAUGUAUGAGUAUAUCUCUUCACAUGACAAUAUAUCUAAAAUGAGGAUUUGUAUACAAUUAACAACUUUUGUGUUGCUGUUAUCUACAUUUCAAUCUUCUUAAGUGACCAUAAGUUUACAAUAGGAUAAUGAAGGCUUUAAUUUCAAUCAUAGCCAAACAGACAAUGUAUGUGUAUUUAUGUGUGUGUGUCUGUGUGAGUGUAUGUACAUAUGUGUGUAUGUGUGGUUCCUCAAAAAUAUUAUAGAAUAGACUGAUCAAAACAAUGCAAAUAGAAGGAUGAGUAGAGUGAGGUGUCAUUCUCUCUAACUACCGAUGUAUUUGUUUAUCAUAUUAUUCUUUGGUAAUCUAAGUACCUACCCAUACUCAUAGUAAUAUUAAUCCAUGCAUUUUUUUUAUUAGUUAUUUAGUUGCUUUUUGUGGCUCCAGUUUUUUUAUUUUUAUUUGCUUGGCUUUACAUAAAACAAGGAAGUUGGCAGCAAGAUUGAAGAGAAGCGUAUGUUUCUAAAAGAAUGACAAAGAUAUAUACAUACAUAUAUAUAUAUAUAUAUAUAUAUAAAUGUUGAAUGAUGAAAUGAGUGCUCAACACCACAUUGGUGGAUAUGUAAUUUAUGAAAAACCCCGCAAACAAAGCGAGGCUGUUUCCCAGAAUGGAGAUGAACACCUUUCUCCAUGUGAUCGGCUUGAUAAAUUGUUAAGACAAUAGGAUAUUUUCCUACUUUUCUUAACAUGAAACCAAUGGUAGCCUUAAUUCACAAAUAAAGAAAUUAUAUAUAUAUAUAUAUAUAUAUAUAGGGAAAAUUCCACCUCUGAUGAGGGUAAAUGAAAUACUUAACAAUAAAAGGUACACAAACGGUUUGUCGUUGAGCAUAUUGAAAAGAUGGUUUGGUGUGUUCAGAAUUGUUUUUGUUUAUUCUGUUGUAGAAUUUUUGUUAGUUUAAGCAUUCUUUUUCAAUAUUUUACCUGUUCAUUUAGAUAUGGUUGUAAUUUAAUGCAUCUCUGCAAUUAUUAUAAUAUUAACUGUACAAUAGGAUUAUUGACCAUGCAUGUGCAUGUAUAUUUUUGCAUCAUACAUGUUUUGGUUACUGUUCCAAUCUUGAUUUAUUUAUAAUUUUGUUUUUAAGUUAAUGGUAUUGCUUUUUUUUUUGCCUGUUUGUUUUUUGAUUUAAAUUUUGUUUUUUUUUGUUUUUCUGAAACUGCCUCUUUAAUAAACUGAUAAACUUAA